UCUCUCUCCAUCUUUGACUUUUAGCUCUCUCGCAGUAUUUGGAUUCCUUUUGUUAUUCUAGUUUUAAAUUUAUCGUAAAGUUCAUAUAUUGUUUCUACGACACGAAACCUUUUUUUAGGUCCAGCUCAUAAUUUUUCUCUGUUUUGUUCUACAAAUUGCUUGUGUUAUGCGGCGGCACCUGUUCGCCUGAUUCUCAUACUAGAUUUGAAUUACAGAUAUUAGAGUUCUUUGUUAUCCUCGAACCUGCUAUAAUUUUUAACCGAUUCUGAAUAGGGAAAUUCUAAAACUUCUGCGUUUUAUUUGGGUGGGAUGAUCAUUUAAAGAUAUUAGAUCAUAAAGCACUUUGAUGGCAUUUGAGCACUUGUGCAGCAACCACUGUUUCCUUCAAAUUGGGAAACAAGAAGAGCUCCUCUUCCUUGAUUUUGGUCUGCUGUUCCAAAUUUUCUCCCUCACUCACUCCAUCUGUAGGAGACACUCACCAAUCUGGUGAACUUGGGAAGCUUCGUUUCUCCGAGAUCAUUCUUUUGGCGAUUUUUUAGAAAUAUGGUUUCUUCUCAGUGUCCUGUUGUUGCCAACAAAAACCUGACUGGCAAGCCAUUUCAGAAACACCUCUAUUUAUCCAUCAGCCCUCCAAAACCUGUCUUCAAUGAUAACCUUGAGCUCGACUUCUCUGAUGUUUUUGGUCCAAUGCCUGAAGCUAACUCCUCUGGAGACCCCAGUGAUGUUCUCUGUGACGAGCCUGCUGUUGUCUACAGCCGAUCCCACUCAUUGGUUGGCCCAUCUUCUGUCGUUAGCCUUUCUUUGAACCUGAACAAGCUUACCUUACGAGAGACUAAAAACUCAAUUGACUUGGUGGAGGAGGAGUGUCUUGAAAAAAACGAUGAAUUCUCUGGGAAUGAUGAUGACACUGACAGUGAUAAAUCUCCAGAGGGAGAGCUUGGGGACGUCUCAUGUGUAGUAGGCAUUGAGGACUUUGAGGUAUUGAAGGUUGUGGGACAAGGUGCAUUUGGGAAAGUGUAUCAAGUCAGGAAAAAAGACACAUCUGAGAUAUAUGCCAUGAAGGUCAUGAGAAAAGAUAAAAUUGUUGAGAAGAACCAUGCCGAAUACAUGAAAGCUGAACGCGAUAUUCUUACCAAAAUCGAUCAUCCAUUCAUUGUACAACUUAAAUACUCUUUUCAGACCAAGUACAGGCUCUAUCUUGUGCUCGACUUUAUAAACGGAGGUCAUCUUUUCUUCCAGCUUUAUCACCAAGGGCUUUUCAGAGAGGACUUGGCUCGUGUGUACACUGCAGAAAUCGUCUCUGCAGUUUCCCAUCUACAUGAGAAAGGCAUAAUGCAUAGAGACCUUAAACCUGAAAACAUACUCAUGGACGUUGAUGGCCACGUGAUGUUAACCGAUUUUGGUUUGGCAAAGGAAUUUGAAGAAAACACAAGAUCAAACUCCAUGUGUGGAACUACCGAGUACAUGGCCCCUGAAAUUGUUCGCGGUAAAGGACACAAUAAGGCUGCCGACUGGUGGAGCGUAGGGAUCCUUCUCUAUGAGAUGCUCACUGGCAAGCCGCCGUUUGUAGGGAGCAAAGGAAUGAUACAGCAGAGAAUAGUAAAGGAAAAGAUCAAGCUUCCGAAGUUUCUGUCUAAUGAAGCUCAUGCUUUACUGAAAGGGCUGCUGGCAAAAGAGCCGGAAAGGCGACUGGGAAGUGGACCGACUGGAGCAGAGGAGAUUAAAAAGCACAAAUGGUUUAAGGGAAUAAACUGGAAGAAGCUGGAAGCUAGAGAAGUACAACCAAGUUUCAAACCGGAGGUUUCAGGAAGACAAUGCAUAGCAAAUUUUGACAAGUGUUGGACUGAAAUGUCUGUUUUGGAUUCUCCAGCAAGCAGUCCCAGUUCGGAUCCUAAGGCCAAUCCAUUUACCAACUUCACAUACGUGAGGCCUCCUCCUUCAUUCCUUCACAGAUCCACAUCCAACUUGUAAAUGAAGUAUACUCAUGUUACUCCGAAACAUAUGAACAUGUAAAAAAUAUACGGUUGACUAAAAAACCUGUUUUAUAGUACUUGAUUUAUGAUAUCUUAUUAAAAUUAAUGAAAAAGGAAUGUUUUGAUCGA